CCCCACCUCUCCCACACACUCCGCGACUACUUCAUCGAGGAGCUAGGAAUUAAUUAAUGGCUCAUCACUUGUACCCACACCUCCACUUCCACGGCGUCGACGACGCCUCCUACUACGAGCUCAACGUUGUAGACGUCGACCCACCCUUACUACAGCCACCGCCUCCUCCUCUGCCUCCUCUUCCACCGCCUCGUCCGCAUGAGCGCGAAGCGGCGGCGAGCGGGGUGCCCCAGUGGAGCCACGCGGAGACGGCGGAGUUCCUCGCCGCGCGCGCCGAGCUCGACCGGAGCUUCGCCGCGGCCAAGCGCAACAAGCCGCUCUGGGAGGCCGUCUCCGCCCGCCUCCGCCUCAAGGGCUUCGCCCGCACCCCCGACCAGUGCAAGUCCAAGUGGAAGAACCUCCUCACCCGCUUCAAAGGUAGCGAGGCCAUGGAGCAGGAGAGCGAGAGGCAGUUCCCCUUCUACGAGGAGAUGAGGAGGAUAUUCUCUUACAGGAUGGAGAGGUUGCUGGCUUUCGAGAAGAGUAGUGCUAAGAAGAAGAAGAAGACGAAGGGGAAGGAGUUGGAGGAGGAGUUGGAGGAGGAGGAAGAGAAGGAAGAGAAGAAGGGCGCUGGUGCUGGUGCUGGUGCUGGUGCGGGGGUGGUGGAGGAGGUGGAGGGGGCGCUGAGGGAGCUGAUGAGGCGGCAAGCGGAGAUGGAGGAGCGGUGGAUGGAGGCGGCGGAGGCGAGGGAGGCGGAGAGGAGGGAGAAGGAGGGGGAGUGGAGGAGGGCCAUGGCCAACCUCUGGGAGGAGAGGCUGGCGAUGGAGCGCCGGUGGAGGCAACAUGACGAGGAGCGCCGCGCCCGCGCGGAGGCCCGCGCGGAGCGCCAACACGCCCUCGUCUCCGCGCUUUUGGCUAAGUUCCAGGGCGAGGGAUCCUAGUACGUAGUUCCGUAGCGUGCUUAUGUGUGUAUAUAUAUAUAUAUUUAUGUAGGAGGAGUAAUUGAAUUACUUACUAGCUAGCGAGCUACUUAGUAAUGUAGGAUAUAUGUGGACGGUGCAUGCGUGGGAGAUGAAAAAAGAAAGGUUUGGCACUCCUUGAUACCUCAUCUUUUGCUUUGAUUCCAUGCAUACUUUUCCCAUGGCUCCUUGUUUCCCUCAUCCUUCUUUAAUUAAUUUAAAGAGUUUUGUUUUUUGUU